UGUUUUCUGCAUUUGUCCUAGUCCCCUCUCCCCCGCUGACCGACCUGUACCAGGCCGGUGAGGAGGUGUGGUACCAGAACUACGAACUGCCUCAUUUACCCCGGCUCAUCCGGACCUGUCUGUCUGUAGUCAGCGACUGACACUCUAUAACCGAAUAGGGUCGGGAGCGGCAGCACUGACUGAAUUCUCGGUGCGUGGUCGGCACAUUUGUCAUCCGGGACAGCACUGAACACCGUCCGGUAUCAACAUCAGAGCAGAGGAUCCGCCCUGUGGACAGGCAGCAGCUUGUACACAGAAAAUCGCGCUGUGAGUCUCACAGAACAGCAACACCGGGCCCUCCCCCAUAGAUAAUAAAUAUCUGUCGCUGGACUGGCUGGAAUGAAGUUAGCAGAAAACCACUCGAAAAUAUAUCGACACGGAGACUGAACAUUCUUGGUGAAUUGAGGGUUGCUACAUUGAUCCCACUCCCGCUGUCAGACCCGUCCUGAGCCGGUGAGAGUCAGUGUGACCCGGACUGCGGCAGUCCCGCUCUCCCCCGGCUCACCCGGCCCUGUCCAUCUGUAAUGAGCGACGGACACAUCACAGCCGAGUGGCCUCGGGAGCCGCAGCUCAGACUCAACUCUCCGUACAGGGUGAGAACACCGGUGCAGGAACAUUGUCGGUCACCCGGGAAGUCAGUCUGUGAUCUCCCGGGACCACACUGAACGCCGUCCGGUUACAACACCAGAGAUCAUCGCCAGCAGGUGGUGCUUUCUUCCACCCGGACGGCAGACAAGCAGACGACAAUCAACCAACGUCAGUCAGAGUCAGAAUGGACACAGAUCUGAACCCCGCAAUCUCCAACUUCCUGUCAAAUUGUGAGGAUCACCAACUGUUCCUGUUGACGAGAUUCUACAUGGAGCGACUGGAGCAGGCGAUUGAGGAGGGUGUGGAGGGAGUCGGCUUCAUGUUGAUGGGCGAGGAUCACUUCACUGGGCCAGAGUAUCACAGCGUGACUGAGCUGGCGGAGAAGGGAAACCGAGCGGGCGCUUCCAAACUCCUCCUGGAUCUGGUGAUGGAGAAGGGCUCCGGGGCCCGGAGGGUGAUGUGGGAAUCCUUUGUGAAACUACACCACCAUUUACCGAAGCUGAGCAGAAUAUUGGAUGAAAUACGGGAACGUGGUGACGGCCAGUUCGCCUACAUGGACACUGAGCGGGGUUUAUCUGAAGUGCCCGCGCAUCUGAAAGAUGUUCAACAGAAACACAAGGCGACUCUGCGGGCACAAACUGAAACACUGAGAGUGAACACGAUCCUGAUGAGGGAGAAGGUGAAGGUUUUCCAGCUGGUUGAUCGAUACGCUGAGCUCACGGUCAUUUCUACUGUUCGAGAUCGGACACUGGUGGAACAUGAGCUGCUGGCAAGAGGCAGAGACCACGAGGAGUGGAGAGAGGAACAUCUCCGCGGAGAGCUGGAAAAAAUCCGGACCGAUCAGUUAUUCAACAGGAGUUUUUUUCAAAAAGUGAAGAGCUCUUUGGACGGAAGCAAAUAUGGGAUUUCUGCAACAGUGGCCGGAGUUCCAGGGAUCGGGAAAACAACAAUGGUACAAAAGAUUGUUUAUGACUGGGCCACAGGGAAAAUAUACCAGCAAUUCCAGUUUGUCUUCAAUUUCAAAUUCCGGGAUUUAAACUCCAUUAACUGCAGAAUAAACCUGAGGAAACUGAUUCUGGAUCAGUAUCCUUACUUUGGGAAUAUCCUGAGAGAGGUCUGGAAGAACCCAGAGGGAUUGUUGUUUAUAUUCGAUGGUUUGGAUGAAUUCAAACACCGAAUCGAUUUUGCUGACAAUCGGAGAGACACAGAACCUCGGUCCACAUGCACAGAUCCUGAAUUCAAGUGCAAGGUGUCUGACAUUGUGUACAGUUUAAUCCAGGGCAAGCUGCUCCCAGGGUGUUCAGUGCUGGUGACCACCCGUCCCACCGCCUUACAUUUACUGGAAGAAGCUCAGAUCAGUGUCCGGGCUGAAAUCCUGGGAUUUGUUGGUGAGGAACGGAAGGAAUAUUUCAUCAGACAUUUUGAAGAUCAGACGGUGGCAGCAGCUGUUUUCAAACACGUGAAGGAGAACGAGAUCCUGUACACCAUGAGCUACAAUCCCUCCUACUGCUGGAUCCUCGCUCUGGCACUGGGCCCCUUCUUCACACAAAGAGUCAGGGACCCGCAGCGAGUUCCCAAGACCACCACCCAACUGCACUCCUACUAUAUUUACAACAUCCUGAAAAACCACGGCCGUGAGAUUGAGAACCCCCGUGAUGUGUUACUCAGGGUUGGUCAGAUGGCCUUCAGAGGAGUGUCCGAGAAGAAGAUUGUGUUUACAGAUGGAGAUUUGAUCAAAUACAGUCUGCAGCCUUCCCAGUUCCUGUCUGGAUUUCUGAUGGAGCUUUUGGAGAGAGAGGAUUCUGCCCGAAGCGUGGUGUACACAUUCCCACACCUCACCAUCCAAGAGUUUGUAGCUGCAGUCGCACAAUUCCUGAUCACAGACGGCAGAGAUAUUAUGAAACUCCUCACUGAAGCCCACAACAUGACAGAUGGGCGAUUUGAGAUGUUUCUCCGUUUUGUUGCUGGUCUCUCCUCCCCAAUGACAGCUCGGGGCCUGGUGGAGUUUCUGGGCCCAUUUCCCCAUGAAACAACAUGCCGGGUGAUUGACUGGGUGAAGGAGGAGGUUAAACGUCAGAGUGGAAACACGUGGAGUGAAGCUGGUAAAAGGAGCCUCCUGAACACAUUGCACUACCUGUUUGAGUCUCAGAAUCGUGGACUGGUUCAGGAUGCACUGGGAUCUGUGGAAACACUUUCAUUCAGUGGAAUGACACUGACCCCGAUUGACUGCGCGGUCCUGUCUCAUGUCAUCGGACUCUGUGAUACAAUAAAACGUCUCGACCUGGAGAACUGCCACAUUCAGUGUGAAGGAAUCCAGCGGCUGGGACCCGGGCUGCACAAGUGCCAGGAGUUGAGACUUGGGCAGAAUAAACUGGGAGAUUCAGGAGUGAAACUGGUGUCUGCGGCUCUGUGGAACCCGGAGUGUAAAAUACAGAAACUGGGGCUGGAGAGUGUCAGUCUCACAGAUUCUGGUGCCGAGGAUCUCGUCUCCGCUCUCAGUACAAACCCAUCACUGACGGUGCUGGACCUGAGUGAUAAUAAGCUGGGAGAUUCAGGAGUGAAACUGGUGUCUGCGGCUCUGAGGAACCCGGAGUGUAAAAUACAGAAACUGGAGCUGAACGCUGUCGGUCUCACAGAUUCUGGUGUCGAGGAUCUCGUCUCCGCUCUCAGUACAAACCCAUCACUGACGGAGCUGACCCUGGGAUGGAACUCACUGACAGACCGAUCUGUCCCUUCUCUCCGCCGCCUCAUACAUACCCUCCCGAGACUGCAAUUAAUCGGGCUGGGGAACAAUCUGUUGAGUAAGACCGGGAAGAAGGAACUGAGAUCUCUGCAGGAACCCAGACCCGGACUGACAGUGAUCGUGUGAACAUCUGAAUUUGUAGGCAUCCUUGCCUAUGGGAUGAGGACAUCUUGGCCUCCCCUUUAACUGCAGCCCUCCAUUUUAAUGGUCCCGCUCCCGGUUUAAUUCCUACCGGUUCUAACGGAACUGGCUCCAGCAUCAUGCUUUGUGACGUCAGAUGCGGACCCACGGUGACGUAUAUCUGCCUCAGCUCCAGCGACUCCGCUUCAGCCGGAUGUCCGGGUUCGAAACUCCCCCACGUGAGGCUCCACAGACAGGACGAGCCCGGGGCUCGUACGAACAUCCAUUGAUUAAUCCAAUUAAUGCAAUAGAUUUGAUCUAACUAUUCUGUACUUAAAUAUUGAUUUCCGAGUUGAGGCAUCUAACAGU